UACGCACAGACCGGACAGUCCGCCGUUCCACGCGCGCAUAACGGGGAGAGACAGCGGGAGAAGAACCGGAGACCAUCAGGAGGAAAACAAAGUUACAGCAAAGCAGAAAGUUUCUUCUUCCUCCGCAGCUGGAAAACGAGAGAAGGAGAAAGUGUGUGAGAGAGAGAGGGGGAGUCCGAACUCUCCACUUCUUCCAACCCCCCCUCCCUCCACAGCCUACAUGUCGCUCCCCGGCUCCCCUCCGGGCUCCGGCGCCCCGACUCCGGCCGCGCUCUACCGCUCCGCGCCGGACGCGCUGCACACCUCCGUCAGCUCCACCGGCACCUCCAGCCCGGGCCACACCAACACCAACUCCCUCCCCCACUCCCACGCGCACCCCCACUCCCUGUCCCCGUCGCCGCGGCUCACCAGCAGCAUGCUCAGCGCUUUCCUGCCCGGGCCAGGGGGCGCGCUGGCCGGGCUGGGUAACGGCGCCGCCCCGGUGAUGUCCGGAGGCGGCGGACCGGGCGCCCUGGGUCCCCUCGGCGGGCUCGGCCUCGGCUCGCUGAACGCCGCCGGCUUGACCCCCGGCUCCCCCGGCAUGGCGCAGAGCUCCGGCGGCGCGGGUCUCUGCAGCGAGUGCAAGCUGGUGGAGGUGCACGGCGUGAAGGUGGCCAGCUUCGGCGUGGACGGCCAGGAGCUCAUCUGCCUGCCGCAGGUGUUCGACCUCUUCCUGAAGCACCUGGUGGGGGGGCUGCACACCGUCUACACCAAGCUCAAGAGGCUGGACAUCGCGCCGGUGGUGUGCACCGUGGAGCAGGUGCGCGUCCUGCGGGGGCUCGGCGCCAUCCAGCCCGGCGUGAACCGCUGCAAGCUCAUCUCCAGGAAGGACUUCGAGGUCCUGUACCAGGACUGCACCAGCGCCAGCUCUCGUCCGGGCCGUCCUCCGAAGCGUUGCUCUGGUGCCGGGAUCCAGGAAAGCCCGAGGCUGCUGCACCCGGGCCUGCUGUCCCCCAACCUGCUGUCCCACACCGGCCUCACAGCAGCAGCCAUGGCCGAGCUCCAGAAGCUCCAGAAGAUGAAGAUGAUGAUGAGUCUCCAGAACGGCAACGAGUCCGACGACGACUUACACUCCAACACCGGAGGGAGCGAGUGCUCCUGGGAUAAGGAGCGUCUGACCAGCCCCCCCCCUGGAGCCCACGGGGGAGGAGGAGGAGGAGGAGGGAGGGGGCCGGCCAUCGGAGCUGUCAAUCAACAACAGCUCCAACAGCAGCAGCAGCAGCUACUGGCCAACAGUGAGCACUCCCGGUCGUUUCUCAAGAACCCCAUGAUGUUCUAG